CUCGGCCCCCGCCCCCGGCCGGUAGGAGGCCGCGAGCCGCCAUCUUCUCGCAGGCGUGCGGGGCCGCCGGCGGCGGCGGCUUAGCGGAGCCCGUGCGGAAAUUUGAGAGCCCCACUCUUGAAGAAGAGAUGACGUGUAACAAUCCCAAUAACUCUGAAGCUUGUGCCACACCAGAUUGUGACCAUGGGCAAGAGAUGGCUGAAGAGUACUCCAGACUGAGGACUUUUGCCAACUUCCCAAAUUUUUGUCCUAUUUCAGCAUCAACACUAGCACGAGCUGGCUUCUUUUAUACAGGAGAGGGAGACAAAGUGAAGUGCUUCAGCUGUCAUGCAACUAUUGAAGGGUGGGAACAUGGAGACUCAGCAGUUGGAAGACACAGAAAAAUUUCCCCAAAAUGCAAAUUUAUUGCUCAAUUUAAUUUUUUAAAAAAAGAUAUGCAUCCUGUUCUCCAAAACUGUCAAUGCAGAGUUGAAAACUGUUCUGGAAAUUCAACCCUCCAGUGCUCUUUUGACAGAUCAUCUGAUCUCAGUGCAGAUUAUCUUUUGAGAACUGGGCAGGUUGUGGACAUGUCAGAUUGCAUGUACCCCAGGAACCCUGCUAUGUGCAGUGAAGAAGCUAGGUUAAAGUCUUUUCACAACUGGCCAGCCUAUGCUCCAUUAACACCAAAGGAGUUAGCCAAUGCUGGGCUGUAUUACUCGGGUGUUGAUGAUCAAGUGGAGUGCUUUUGUUGUGGUGGAAAACUGAAAAACUGGGAACCUUUUGAUCAAGCUUGGUCAGAACAUAAGAAGCAUUUUCCUAGGUGCUUUUUUGUCCUUAGCCAUGUUGUUGGAAGUGUCCUAAGUGAAUCUAAUUUUGCUGAGGUUGGCAGGAGUGGCUUAAACGAUGCAGAUCACCCAAGAAAUCCAUCUAUGGCAGAAUAUGAAGCACGGAUCAAGACAUUUGUGACUUGGAGAUACUCAGUUGUUAAAGAGCAACUUGCUGAAGCUGGGUUCUAUAGUAUAGGUAAUGGUGAUCAUGUUUUGUGCUUUCACUGUGGUGGAGGACUGCAAGAGUGGCAGCAGAAUGAAGAUCCUUGGGAGCAACAUGCUAAAUGGUUUCCAGGAUGCAAAUACCUGCUACAAGAGAAGGGCCAAGAAUUUGUAAACGGUGUUCAGUUAACGCUUUUACCAAGGGAUUCCAUGAUGCUGCUCCCAGAGCCACGCCAGACUCACCUCUGGGAACCUUCCCCGGGCUACAAAAAGCCCAUGACCUGGGCAUAUGGUAAUCCAUCCCCUCAAAUCCUGCAACACUCCUGUGCUGGAAGCGGCACUAGCUUUAGAUCAGUGGUGGGCAACCUGCGGCCUGUCAGGGUAAUCCGCUGGUGGACCAUGAGACAGUGUUUACAUUGACCAUCCACAGGCACAGCCGCCCACAGCUCCCAGUGGCCCCGAUUCACCAUUCCUGGUCAAUGGAAGCUGCGGGAAGCGGCACAGGCCGCAGGGAUGUCCAGGGAGACUUCAGCUCUAUGCAACACCCGAGUCCUUUAUUCUAUAAGCAUUUUCCCACCACCAGUGUCCAACUAUAUACAAUUCUUAAAGAUUUCUCACCUACCGCAGGCUGGGUCAGUAACCAUCUCCCUCUCGGACUGACCUCUCUCUCUCUCUGGUUGCCUCCCUCCUUUUGGCUCCUUUCCAGCCUUUGUAGCUCCUGCCUAUCAGGCUAGCAGGUGUUGCCAAUCGCAAGGCAGACAUAAAACUUUUCAGCCAGCCCCAAUCUAUCUCCCUUGAUUGUGGCAGGGGCUGAUGAGGUGUGUUUGCUGCAGCAGCAGCAGCACCCGGCCACAAACACCCAAAGCAUGGUGUUGCAUUCCUCACCAUCUUGGCUAAUAGCCAUUGAUGGACCUAUUCUCCAUGAACUUUCUAAUCUUUUUUUUUUGAACUCAGUUAUACUUUUGGCAUUCACAACGUCACCUGGCAAUGGGUUCUACAGGGAUGACUGUUGUGUGAAGAAGUACUUUCUUUUCUUUGUAUUAAACCUGCAGCCUAUUAAUUUAAUUGCAUGACCCCUAGCUCUUGUGUUAUGUGAAGGAGUAAAUAACAUUUCCUUAUGUUCUAUCACUUCUAUCAAAUCGUGAGUAGUGUGAAGGACCUCUAUAAUAUCCCGCCUUGGUUGUCUCUUUUUUAAGCUGAAUAGUCCCUCUUCUUAAUCUUGCCUCAUAUGGAAGCUGUUCCAUAUCCUUAAUCUUUUUUUUUUCCCUUCUCUGUACCUUUUCCAAUUCUAAUAUAUCUUUUUUGAGAUGGGGUGACAAGAA